AUGGCUGAGGAAGACCACGGAAGUCUAGAACCUCCUACAAGGACUAGCAUUGAGGACCCAGGCGCACACGAACUUGCAGAAACUGUUGAAUCUUCGGAUUCAGAAGACCAUUUUUCAGAUGCACACUCUGGUCUAGAACCAUCUACCGCAGCCUCACCCACUGUCCCCACUACUCGAAUUGAGAAAGUCGACGAUGAACCAAGUUAUGGAGAAGUUCCGGGCACAAAAGCAUAUAACAUGAGAGCAGAGGAUGCUGAACCUGAUCAAGUUGCAAUGGCUCCAGAAUUUGACAAUAUCGCACGAGCUCGACGACCUUCAACUCCGGGUGACUUACCCAUUCCCAUCACUGUCGUUGAGAAGAUAGACCCCGAUACUCCUAGUCAUGGAGAAGUCCCGGGUACACCAGCGUAUGAAAAGCGUAAAGCUGACGCAGUCCCGGACUUGGUCUUGGACUCAACUCCUGGUCGCAGUCGCUCCAACACUCUUAACACGACUGGUAUAACGAGAUCAAGAGCUGGUAGUACACCAGGGGACUUACCAAUUCCCAAGACUGUAGUUGAGAGGAUAGACUCUGAGCCAAGUCAUGGCGAAAUUCCCGGUACCGCCGCAUAUGAAUUGCGAAAGGAAGACGCUCAACCAGACGACAUAGUCGAGGUCGCUGAUGUACCUGAAUCUAGCUCCCCGUCCUUAAGUCUCCGACGUCAAAGCUCUUCGGCGGCAGCGAACAAAGCCGUAGAAGAAGAAUAUAACGAAGAAGACGGAGAUGAUGGUCAUGGUGGAGAUGGUGGAGACGAUGCAGACGAUGGCGGUUUUGGGGAUGAUUUCGAUGAUUUUGAGGAAGGAGAGGAAGAUGCAGAGUUUGGUGAUUUUGAUGAUGGAUUUCAAGAGCCUGAAGUAACUCAAUCUUCUCUACCAAUUCCUGUAGUUCCUUCUUUUCCCACCUUUGACCUGACAGAUCUCAAUGCCCCCGAGGAAAUUCGCUCGGCAACAGAGCCUUACCUCGACCAUAUAUUUCCCUCCGACACAAUUGAUAUAUCAGUCCUACCACCUCUUGAAAAUCCGAAUCCCAUAUUCCUCACACCACGAUCCGCAUCACUCUGGUCACAACUCGUAGCUCCACCGCCCCUUCAGCCACCAAAUUGGAUUCGAUCCCGUAUUCGUCGUCUCUUCCUCGUCAGUCUCGGUAUUCCCGUAUCUCUGGAUGAAAUCCUCCCAGCUUCCACACAAAAGAAACUCAUCCUCCCCUCUUUAUCUUUGCAUCCAUCAUCGUCUGGCUCUCUCGACAGUUCCAUAGAUCGUAUCAAAUCCUCUUCUUCUACUUCUCUUGACUCACAAGGCAAUGUCAAGCCUCCCCGCUCGGAUAGUCGACGUCGAAAGGGUCCUCCACCUGCUCCUCAAUUAGACUUAGUAUCUGCACGUCAAACAUGUGAGAUUACCGAAGAGGCUCUACAAGGUUUAACAAUGGAUGAGUUGAAAGGACACGUGAAAAAGCUCGAGGAAAUGGAAAUUUUAGCUAAAGAAGUAUUAGACUAUUGGACAAUGAGGACGGAUGAAAAAUUAGGUGACAGAGAGGCCUUUGAAGGGGUUAUCGAAAAUCUGGUCAAGCAUGCUAGGAAGGUUAGGAAGUGA